CAGUUCUUGUAGUGUUUGUGGUUGCGUGUACGCGUCUCAGCGGUGAAUUGGUGAUUUUAUUACAAUGCGGAUAAUACUAAUAUUAGCGCUGUUAGUGGCGGCGACAGCAGGCGAGGCUGACUGGCAGCCGAUUAUACCGGAUACACCAUUGGUGUAUGCCACAUUCUCAAAAUCUCCCGAAAAAAUAUUAGAUGCCAGUUCCCACUUAAAGAUAGUCAAUCGAAGACCAAUACAAUCAAGGCCACCUUCCUUCACAUCCAACAAGCUAUCUAAUUUAUUCAACUCAGCCCCGUCCGAAGGGUCUGACUCCUGCAGUGUAUACAAAGUGUCUAUGAACCAAGAGCUGUUCUACCAGUAUGUUGAUUACGAAACCUCGCUACCAGAUCUUAAGGAAUUUACACUUUGUAUGUGGACCAAGUUCCAUAACCAUUCUGAUGAUCAUCCGCUAUUUUCAUAUGCCGUCGAGGACAGUCCAAAGGAAAUUUCCUCGUGGAUUUCAAAUACCAAAGAGGCGAGUUACUUCAGCAUGGCGGUGCAUGGACAAACUUUCUUCAGACUCAACUAUCCUUUGAAGCUUAAUACUUGGUACCACUCAUGCCAAUCAUGGAAUGGAAAAACAGGAGAAUGGCAAGUUUGGGUACAAGGUGAAAGAGUCGGCAGAGGUUUCCACAAUAGGCUUGUUGGACACAUUAUUAAAGGUGGAGGUACUGCUAUAAGCGGCCAAGAACAAUCACUUCUAUAUAAAAAAGAUGAAGCGCAACCAUCAAUAAAACAAUCAGGCCUAAUUGGUGAAAUUACGAUGCUUCAAUUAUAUCACGUCGCUUUGACUGCUGGUAAAGCUCAUAAAGAUCACAAGCAUCAUCACGUACAUCAUUUUAAACAUGACGGAACCCCCUUCGAAGCAUCCACUGAAGCUGUUACAGAACCACCACCACCUCAAGCGACUCCUUUGGGCAAUGGAAACUUUUUAAUCGGAGGUCAAUUACAAAGACCGGCUAACCUCAACUUGGCUCGUCCUUCGCAACAAAUGAUACCUGUACAACUUCCUAAUGGUCUUCAACUGCAACAAGAAUUUGCUAAUGGACAACUAGGAAACCGAAUUGUCUCAGAACAGUUCCUUAAUAGCAUUCAACCCAUUGCAAGCAAUCAACUUACAGCUAAUGCUCAGGUUCCACAGAUACCACUAGUUGGUUUAUCGGUUACUCCUGUUGAACAAACUCAACGUUACUCCUCGAGACCUUUAGGGCCUAACAAGGGUGCAACUGUUGUUUUGUCUGGGUCACUGAUUAAUCCCGCAAACGUACAAUAUAUUGACGAUACGGCCAAUUCUCAUAACUUGUUCAAACGUAAUUCUCAAAAAAGAGACAAAAGAGACAAUCCUGAAAAGGAAUUGGUAGAAGAAAUUACUUCAGGUAAAAAGGAUAAGCGAGGCCUUGUAGCUUUAUCGGAUGGAUCUAUUGUCGAUGAAGCUUUGCUCGGUCCUAACACUCUCGAAGACAAAGAAGAGGAGUUAAUGUUCCAACAGUCAUUACUUAGUGGCUUAGCUGGCGUCGUUGGUAAUAUACCAGUGCAGAACUUACAAAAGAAAAAUGUGGAUGAGCGAGAGCCUGCUGAAGCAGAAGUAAAAGCUGUGAUGCAAGUUUGCAGUGGAUGUGCACCUGAACCAUUUAAAAAAGCCCUCAUUCUCUCUUGGAGAUCAACCCCUAAAAAACUUUAUAGUGGAGCACAUUACUACAAAGGGUUACCUAUCUGUCGCGCUUUCUAAUCCUAUGUCGCAGCAUGAGUUUGAAUUGUGAUGUGGUAAAAAAAAAUUCACAGAGGAUAACACGGUACAAAAUUGCCCGAUUAAUGUAAAAGUCUUCUAAAUAUGAAUUUAAGCCAGUUUCUUAUCAAAAACUCUUACAGUACAUUCUCUAAUAAAUUAGCUUUUACGUUUUAUAUUAAAUUUUAGCCAUAUUCUAACCAAAUUAAAUUAGCUUGGAAUUUAAUUAUAGGAAUCAAAAAGUAGCUGUUUUCAUUUUGUGCUUCAUUUUAUCUUAUUAUCUACGGUUAAUAAUAUAAUUUAAAAAAUAUUAAAAUUUUCAAAAUGUCCAGAUGAUUGUUUUAAAAUCAUAUUAUUAUAUCAGAUGUGAAAUAAUUUUGCAUGAACUUGAACUUGCCAUCGCAAUUUAUUUAUUGUAGUCGUAAGAUAGCCUUGAUAACUUACAUUUGUAAUUUGUUUAAUACUAGCGAUAAGAUUUUUACCAACUUGUUACCAUUUUUAAAAUAUAUUUUAAAAAUAUAA